GUUGUGUCAAUGUUAAAACAAAUGUCUACAAAUAAUUUAGUGCAGGUCAGAUAAAUGGAGGCAGAUUGUGCUCAGCUUGUGUUCAAAGGUUUCUUUUAAAUAUCUCAGCACAUGAGAAUUCAUGUGCAUCUUCAGGGAACGGUGUAUAAAAAUUUGAACAUAUUUUUUUUGUUACAUUUUCUCUAAUUUAGUUUUAUCCUCAGAAGGUUGAAUAAAUGUCAGGAGAAAAUAAAAUGUGCUCAUACAGAUUAUAUUCAUGUUAUGACCUUUGAAUGAUUUAGACUGCAGCAGCCAACUGGAGGACUUCAUUACCCAUGAUGCCUUUGGUGCCUCGUAGGAAAACGUUACCGGGCUACCAGGAAGUGCGGCGUCUUGAGUCCAAACAGCGGGAGGGAGUCCAACCUAUUCUGCCCCAACAACAGUGGCCAACGGCGUUUGUCGAUGGGUUAAUUUAACGCCGAGAAACAACAACAAUCGCGAUGAGCUCCGAGGUUUUUACGUACGAGAGUUUGGUCCACGCGGUGUCAGGAGCAGUGGGAAGUGUCACAGCAAUGACUGUAUUCUUCCCUCUGGACACUGCCAGGCUACGGCUUCAAGUGGAUGAAAACAGGAAAGCAAAGUCGACUCCAGCUGUUCUUGCAGACAUUAUCAAAGAGGAAGGACUUCUGGCUCCCUACAGAGGCUGGUUCCCAGUCAUCUGCAGCCUGUGCUGCUCCAACUUUGUCUACUUUUACUGCUUCCACAGCCUGAAGGCUGGCGGGCUGAAGGGAAAGCCGUCGGCUCCAAGCACCGACCUAAUAAUAGGCAUCGCAGCAGGUGUUGUGAACGUACUGCUGACCACUCCUCUGUGGGUGGUCAACACCAGACUGAAGCUUCAGGGCUCCAAGUUUCGUAACGCAGACAUCCAUCCCACCAACUACUCUGGCAUUCUGGAUGCAUUUGUUCAGAUUGCCCGAGAUGAGGGAGUGGGAGCUCUGUGGAAUGGGACCUUCCCCUCCCUGCUGCUGGUGCUGAACCCUGCCAUCCAGUUCAUGAUCUAUGAAGGCUUAAAGAGGCAGCUGAGGAGAGGGGUUCCCAGGGAGCUUUCGUCGUAUGAGGUGUUCAUUAUCGGCGCUUUGGCCAAAGCUGUGGCCACCACUGUUACCUACCCCCUACAGACCAUACAGUCCAUUCUCAGGUUUGGCCAGUUUAGAGAGGCGACAGACACGUCGAAGCUACUGUCCAGUCUCAGGACCAUCAAGUGUCUGCUGGUCAACAGAGUUAGGAAGGACGGCGUGGUGGGUCUGUUUAAGGGUCUGGAGGCCAAGCUGCUGCAGACGGUGCUGACUGCUGCGCUCAUGUUUCUUCUCUAUGAGAAGAUUGCCAGCUGCACCUUCAGAGCCAUGGGUUUAAGUACCAACCACUACAAGAGACGUUAGCACUUAAACAUUUGAUCACAGUAACGAACUAAUCACUCAUAACAAUAUACUGGAAAUGUGUAACAUUUCACUUGUGUCCAUGUCAAAUUCCCGUAACAUUAAAAUAAUUUUAAAAAAUGACAAA